AUGAGCGGCAGGUUCACGCAAUCGCGUGCAGAGACGCAGCGGCACCAGCAGAUCCUCAGGGAAGAGCUCAAGCGUCCCGAGAACAAGCUCUGUGCCGACUGCAAGAGGAACGACCCGCGCUGGGCCAGCACGAACCUCGGCGUCUUCGUCUGCAUCCGCUGUUCCGGCAUCCACCGCUCUCUCGGCGUGCACAUCUCGCGCAUCAAGUCGAUCGACCUCGACACCUGGACGCCCGAGCAGGUCGCGAAUGUCCAGAGGUGGGGGAACAAGCGUGCGAAUGUCUACUGGGAGGCUCACUUGAAGCCCGGGCAUGUCCCGCCUGACCACAAGAUCGAAAGCUUCAUCCGGAGCAAGUAUGAGUCGAAGCGAUGGGCGACGGAAGGGCCUGUUCCGGACCCCGAGACGCUUGACGGUGACUCGAGUGGCGCCGCUCCCGCCGAGACUGUCGCCCCUCCCCCUCGCACUUCAUCUGCCUCCUCCGCCUCCGCUCCUCGCAAAGCCGCUGCGACGACCUCGAUCGACCUCCUUUCUGCCGCACCCUCGACCGGCCGUCCCUCUUCCUCCUCAUCCGCGCGCUCCACCCCGGCUCCGCCCAAGCCGGCACAAGACUCGCUCUUCGACCUCGACUUCGGUUCCUCCCCCUCUGCCCCUUCGACCGCUCCAGCCGCCUCGCCCCCCCCUCAGCAACAGCAGCAGCCGAAACGAGACCCGAAAGCCGACAUCCUAUCGCUCUUCAACGCCGCUCCGCCUCCUCAGCCCGUUCGACCCGUCCAGCACGCACAGCAGCCUUCCCUCGGCGGUGGCGGACUGGGCGGAGUGACGACCGGUCUUGCGGGGUUGUCGUUCGGAGCGCAGCCUGCUCCAUCGCACGUGGCGGGCGGAGGAGCGGACCCAGCAGGCUGGGGUGCGCCUCCCUCGUACCCCGCUCCGCCCGCCCAGCAAACCGGUCUCACCUCGUCCUCCUCCUUCGGCGACUUUGGCGGCUUUUCCUCUGGUCCCUCAGCCUCCGCUCCGCACGCACAGUCGACCGACCCCUGGGCCUCGUCCACUGGCACCACCACGUCCUCGUCGAUCUGGGGUAACUCGGCAACUCCUGCGCCUGCGCCAGCAGCGAAGGCGAAUGACCCUUUUGCAGAGUUUGGCUCGUUCUCUACGCCUGCUGCGAGCGGGGGGAGCGAUAUUUGGGCGAGUAGCGGGACCGGUGGAAGUGGAGCGAAGAGCGGCGGAGGAGCAGCGGGCGGGUUCAGCGACAUCUGGGCGUGA